UGGCCGAAACAACUGUCAUUUAGAGUGAGUGGACAUGAUGGGGAAGAUAGAGCGAGAGCUGGAAAACACGAAUUAAACGUUUCAAGAAGUAUCAAAAACAACUUUUAAAGUUACUUGUAUAAUGGUUACAGCUUACGUCGGCAUGUGUUAGUAUCUUUCAGAGAAGCAGCAGCUUUGGCAGGACGUCUUUCUUACUGCGACAGGAAUUAAAGCCAGUUUCGGAGGAUGUCAACCCCCAGCAACUCGCUUCAGCAGCCGAGGGUGAGACGCAGCAAUGCGGGCUCCCCUGGCUCGUUCAACAACAGCAGCUGCCGUUUGCACCCCAUCCGUGCCACUGUGCCCUACCAGCUCCUGCGUGGGGGUCAGAGCAGCCCGACGCGGGCGCAGACCCUCUACGGAGGAGCCACGAACAGCCGAGGCUCAAGUCCCCCCUCCAGCCCGACACUCAGUUCAGGAAGUGCAAAUGCUAAGCAAAGACUGUCCCCCGAAAAUAAGGACUCCUCCUGUCCCCCAGACUCUCCAGUUUCCAGAGCAGAAAGGUCCAAGUUGCAGGUUCGGAGUUCCAGUGCCAUCCGGCGGACAUCUUCCCUGGACGCCAUCACAGGGCCAUACCUCACCGGCCAGUGGCCUCGGGACACGCAUGGACCCUACCCUUCCUGCAUGAAAGACAAAGCCACACAGACUCCAGGUCUCUGGAUUGAUGAGGGAGCAGAGCAGGGAAGUCCUCACCAGCGGUCAGCUUCCUGGGGCAGCUCAGACCACCUCAAAGAGCAGAUUGCUAAACUGAGACUGCAGCUGCAGCGCAGCAAACAGGUCAGCCGACAGAGCAAAGACAGGGAGCAGAGCUCACUGCAGCAGGCGCAGCAUGGCAUUGCAUGCCAACCGCUGUACAAGGGAACUUCAUCAGCCUUGUUGGCAAUGCCUGUGCCAAAAUCUUUCAUAUGCAGAGUGCCGAGCAGUGUGGAGGGCAUCAACCACGAGCUAGAAAAUGUGUUUAUCAGAGAGGACUGGCAGCAGGGGAUACAGGAUCCAUGUACAUUACCUCUGACCUCACAGGCCAUGGAUGUGGUAGAUGGCCGCCGCGCCCCCUUCCCUCCGCAUCACUACAGCAACAGUGGGGACACACGUGACACGGACACACAGGCCCCUUCAAGUGGUGACUCCAGCCCGUUGCACCGCCCCCGCAGCUCUGACCACCUCCACUCCCCUGAUGGAAGCCCCUGUUCUGCAGAGGAAAUUGACAAAGACAGUGUGUGCAGUUCUCCUCUCCCCAAGUUUGCCACUUCUCCCAAACCAAACAACAGCUACAUGUUCAAACGGGAACCUCCAGAGGGCUGUGAGAGAGUCAAAGUGUUUGAAGAGAUGGUGUCUGGCAAAUCAAAAGGCUUCCCUCUCUUUUCGUGCCCUGACAAAAACAAGGUGAACUUCAUUCCCAGGGGCUCAGCCUUCUGCCCUGUCAAACUCCUCUGCUCCUCCCUCUUCUCCCCCGUCUCUUCUUCGUCCUGCUCCUCCGCCAACCUCGGUCUCCAUGGCAACGACAGCCCAGGGCCUCAGGUGACCCCGACUCUGCCCACUGCACCACUAGCUACCUUUCCGGCCUCCGCUGACUGGAGCACCGACACAAGCGCAGGCACAGGCACAAGCACAGGCAUAAGCACAGGCAUAAACACAGACAACAGCACAGACAGCCAGAGCCCCGACGCAGAUGUGGGGAAAGAUGGCUCGGCACAAGUACUCCUCACCAGCUAGUCCUCAGGUAUUCAUGAGCAAACCACCUACAGCUAAAACAUUUCAGCUAGUCAGGUGGUAUGGUUUUAAAACAAAGAAAGAAAAAAAACCCAAAAAAUCCUUGCACUCCGUUAAUCCUAACGUUAGCCAGCAGGGAGUGCCCAAGGUCUAGAAAUGACAAACACAUAGGAGGAUAAUGGUACCAGCAUCCUGCUGCACAAGCAUUUCUGCUCGGUCCCAGUGUUUGUCCCGCUGUCGGUGAACUCUGAUGUUUUAUCAAGAAAGCUUGAUGGUUUGAUCAUUGUCGUCCAGACUUAAGAGUGUGCUGACCUUGGGCACAGACACCCUUCACCCAUCACUAACCUAGCCUUCUUCUCUAUACCGUGACCGCAUCCAUAACAAAAAUAGCUUUGCUUUCUUUUGCAAAAAAUAGAAAUCACUGCUCAAAUUAUUAUUACAUAAUGCCUGCAGUUUUAUCAAGAUUAAAUUUAAAAGGAAAAAUCCUAAACUUUCACAAGAAAGAAGGUAUCAGAGAAACACAUUCUACUCAUGUUAUCUAACCAGCUUAUUAGCUGUUCAGUGUUCAGCGAGCUAACAUCUAAAAUACAUAUACUUAAUCUUUUUGACAGGAUGGGAAAUGCUCGAUUCAUAUUUUAAACAUAUCAGUCAGAAAACAUUACCCCACAUUAACCACAGUGUUUGCACUUGUUAAGACCUGGCUCAGAAUGAUACAGGCCAUGGCCUAUUUUUUUCUUUGUUUAUUUUAAAAUAUUUGUAGCACAGUGUCCAUGUGAAACCAGCAGUUUCUUGAAUGCAGGCUCUACCCAACAGGCCUACAAGCCAAGACCUAGAUCUGCAUUUCUAGUUUGAUCACUAUUAAUCUUGGGUUAGCUCAAGACAAAAUGCCAAUCAGCUGUUUUUCAGUAUAACCAAUAACAAAGCAUACAACUCCCCCAUUGCCUUGUUUUAUUGCCCCACACUACACAGAACAGUAACUCAGGUCAUGUGGAAUGUACUUGCUUGUACUAUGUUGCCUUUCCCCAGUGUUUAUGACUUUCUUCUACAGAAAGACAUUCCAGUCUUUUGCAGAAAUGUUUUAUUUUUUUCCCUGGAGAGGGAGAUUAUUACGGACUGAAUCAACUUAUUGAUGUCACAGCUUGUGACAGAUGAAUUUUGCAUUGACCUGUUCAGGUUAGAGUUUCAGGUGCUAUGACACAUUCCAGAGAUCGCAGUUGCAUUGAUCAACCGUGAGUACUCAUGUAAACCCAACUAGCUACAUAAGCUACACCCUCCCAAAAUGAGAAGUUGACAAAUAUGUUGUUUGUUUCACCCCUUUUGUUGAAUAUGUACCAAAGCAAAUUACAAAACAAUGAAAGGCCUGUCAUGUAUUAGGGACACAAGAGGCACCGUUUUUGUGCCAGAAGCAGAAUGUUUAUGUGCACUUUGUUUUGUUUAUAAACAGUUAAGCGACAUAAACACUGGUUCAUAGUGUUUCAAAAACAGGCGAUAAUCGUUACACCAAGCUUAAGCACUUACUUGGGAGUGAGAUGAUAAUCACAAUUUUUAUUUUAGACCAAUUUGUAAGUUAAUUGAUUGAGUGCAAUUGAUUUUUGUUUGAGGUAAAGCUACACUAACAAUUUUUGUGUAACACAGUUUGGCUCAAUAUACAGAUCCAACCAGAUGUGCCCUAACGUCACCUGCUCAAGUUGUGUCAUCAGAACAUGUAGAAGUAAAAAAAAUAAAUAAAUAAAAACACACAAAAAAACAUACGACCGAUUUUAGUAAACUAAUAAAUGUUUCAUUCCAAAACUUUGGUCUUUGAAGCCACUUGCACACAGAAACACACAUAUGAACAAUAUGCAACACAUUCCACACAAAUUAAGUUAACACUCUCUUCUGCUUGCAGCUCUCAAGAGUUUUCAAUUAUACUAAUUCUGACUUUAUUCACAAGCUCAUUGUGCAGUGCAGUUAAGAAAUGGUUGCCAUGUUUGGCAAUGAUGAUUCAGUUCUCCUGUGUAUUACGCAUUUUUAUGUAGAUCUUGUGUGUGUUUUUCAAUAAAGAAAACAAAAACUCUA